AUGGUCCAAAUCGAGUUGCCCGAUCUCCAGACUCUCAAGGGAUACAGCGAGCAGGAUGUGGCCGAUAUGGCCAGCCCCGACCGUGUCCUCGUCAUCAUUUAUGAUCUCGUUUAUGAUCUCACCGAGUUCGUCGACAUUCACCCUGGAGGCGCCGAAAUUAUUUAUGAAAUGGUAAGCUUUCUUCGCAACUAAUUUUGCAUAAUUUUUAACUUUACAAUGUUAAUUACUAAUUAAUCAACUGUAACCUUGACUUACCACCCUCUUUUUUCAGAACGGUCUAGAUGCUACGUCGGUCUUUGAAGAUGUGGGCCAUUCCAAACUAGCUCGCACUAUUUUGCUUCGUUAUGUGAUUGGCCGAGUUCUCCGCGACGAUCUCAAAUUACAACAAUAUCAGAAUACCAAAGCCAUGCAGAACAUCCGGUUCUAA